UCGAUCUUGGUAUAAUAUCUAUAGCAGCUGGUGCAUGGCAGAUCACGGGGAUCGACGAUAUGAGCACAUGGUAGUGUAGUGAGCUGUGUGCACUUGGACAAGUUAUAUGAUAAAGUGUACUGUUGGAGAAACAAUGAUAUUGGUGGAUAAUCUAUUUAAGAUAGUUUUCAAACCGAUUCGAGGGCCGGGAAGUAGAAAAUGCACUAUCGCCAUCGGAUGUGGGGGUGUAUGUUCUGGAAGCUUGGUCAGACGCAUGUGCACGCUGCUGUCGAGGAAGGUUGUGACUCAGCUGCAGGGGGCAUUCAUGCUGUAACGGUAAUCCGAGCAAACUGCCUCGUGUCUUGGGCGUCUAUGGAAACGAGAAGGCUAGUGAAGCAGCAUAAAACCGCACAAUACAAGCACCUCCGCACCUUAAAAGACACUACAAUCCCUCCAUCGUGCUCAAACGCCAUCAAAAUGUCGAACCUCAUUCCAAGUACCAUACCUCCUCGAACUUUUGAAGAUCAUGAGGCGACCGUACAGGCAGUCGCCGUUUUCCCCGAUAAACGACGAAUGGUUACGGGCUCAGAGGACAAUACACUUCGUCUGUGGGACUUGAAGACAGGUGCUGUGUUAAAGAAGAUGAAAGGCCAUAGCGGUGGGGUGUGGGCGUUGACGGUAUCACGAGAUGGUCAAAUAAUAGCAAGUGGUGAUGGAAAUGGAGAGCUCACCGCAUGGCACGGAGAAACCGGAGAAUCUUUCAUCCAACCCAUCAAAGCCCACUCUAAGCAGAUCACCUCGGUGGAUUUUUCUCCUGAUGGUACGGUGCUUGCCACUGGUUCACAUGAUGACACGGUGAAAUUUUGGUGUACCCAAACAUGGCAGAUGCAAGGAGAACCAAUCGAGUGCGGUGCUUGGGUUCACUGCAUUCGAUAUUCACCUUCUGGUGAACUUCUUGCGAUCGCAACAUAUGGCGAUAUCCAAAUUCAUAAUUCAGACACAAGGGAAUGUGUCGCAUCUUUUAAGGCUCACAUGCACACAGCAUUACUCGUGUGGACGCCCGAUGGCACGCGCCUUCUUUCAGCAGGCAGUAGAUAUGAUCCCACCAUUCGGGAGUGGGACACAUCAACUUGGCAGCAGGUCGGUCAUCCCUGGAAAGGCCAUGCUGAUCGUAUUAACGCCAUUGCCAUUAAUCCUGCUGGCACCCUCGUUGCCUCUGCAUCUGGUGACAAGCAUGUCCGUCUAUGGCGGCUCUCAGAUCGACGAACUAUCGCUAUCUUCCAGUAUUCAUACCCCACAUGCGUCACGUUCUCUAUGGAUGGUAAGCACAUCCUCGGCGGAGGUUAUAAUAAUCAGGUCUCAGAGUGGGCAGUACCCAGCAAUGCUCAUUCCAAGAUCCUGGUUAUCACGACGGCCCGCGACGCAUGUGUAACUGGAGACCUGUCUAAUGCUGAGGAGCUACUCACGCAAGAUAUCCACACCGACGUUAACGACUUUACUUCAUAUGCCAAUCGCUCAAUCAUUAUGGCUCGGAAACACGCCUGGGACAACGCCUUUGAGGAUGCAAUCAAGGUGAGAGGUUACAUCUCCAAAGGUCUUGCCCUCUGCGGAAAAGGCCUUGUGCGGGAGGCAAGGAUAGCAUUCGACGUCGCAUCCAUGUUCACGAACAAAGAUUCAGCCACCGACCAUUUCCUUCUCCUGAUAAAGGCCAUCGCACUCUUCGAUGCAGAUCAACACGAUGAAGCAAUGCUGCUCAUUAAAGAGCUCGCUGCAGCUUGUCCGAAUACCGAUCCUCACGCGCACCGUGUCGUAGAAACAUAUCUACGCGUUCAACUCGGAAUAAAAGCCUUGGGUGAUGCACGUUACGACGACGCCGCUGGCCAAUUCACUACCGCUGUCACCUCGGGCGCUUUGUCGUCGAAAAACAUUCAUUUAAUAUACGAGGACUUGACUGUGCUCUUUGGCUGGGAUUUCCAGUCCUCGUUGCUCACUACACACCAGAAACGGUGCCAGGCUUUCCUUUCCGCAGGUAAACCCGAUGAAGCCCUUGAAGCACUCGAAUACAUGAUGGAGACCAUCGACGAAACUGCGAAGGCCAGCUAUAUGGAUUGGUCCAACGAAUUCAAGGAGCGAUGUAGUGCACCCGAUAUGAAAGAUGGUAUUCUUGCUGAGGAGAUUCCGGGGCAAGAGCAAGAUGGACAUGAUACAGAACCCGAUUUCGUCCACGGAAUGCAUCAACAUUCUCAAACUUCCCAGCCACAACCUCAACAGCGCCCUGGCCUUCUCAAAAGACUCAGGCUUGCUAUGACGAGAACCCUUCAUUCAGCUCCCUCACCUGUACUAUCCAUCGCCCCGCCGCCAUUCGCUGCCGCUACCACCUUUAAAACUCACCUACGACACCUAUUUACCCGCAUGACCUCUCAUGCGGCGCCACCUGUCGUCGACGCUCCUUCUGUACAGGGUCAACAGUCUCAUACUACAGCGGGCGUUCCUGGAAGUGAUGACUCCUUGAUACGCGAUGAAGACUGUCAUAGAUCUCUUUCACCGGAUCCCAAUACGCAACAGCAACAUCAACCAGUAGCAAUUCAAAUAGACACUGGGGAACAUGGAAACGGUCUGUCGUGUUGCUGCUGCUAGGGACAUUAGUGAAUGUCCGCAGCAGUAAUAUAUCGAUCGACAUUGGCAUUUUU